GGCUGUAUGCCUGACCACACAGCUGCUCUUUGUCCUUUUCGCUUUCUUUCUUUCUUUUACUUGCACACACUGCUUUCCACUCUCCGUCCCUCCGUUAACUCUCGGCACCAUGGAGCCCAACAGUCCUAAGAAGAUCCAGUUUGCGGUGCCGCUGUUUCAGAGUCAUCUGGACCCUCAGGCAGCAGAACACAUACGCAAACGAAGGCCCACUCCAGCCACUCUCGUCAUCUAUAACGACCCCAAUGCAUCAGAUGAUAAGCAGUCGGCAAGCGGUCAGUCAGAGACUCAACUGUCUCCAGCCCAGAGGAAGACCAGUGUGUAUACACCACCUACCAUGAGAGAACUGCAGUUGGUGGUGGAGCAGCACUUUCAGAGACACGAGCAGACGGAGACAGGGCUCUCUGACAGCCCAGACACGCCCAGUCCAAUCGCAGCACAGCAGCCCAAUGGUGCAGCGGCCCAGUGGGCCAAUCACAGCUCCACAGAGUCUUAUGUCAGUUGUGAUGGACAGGCAGAGAGCAGUGAGUCAGGGGGUAAAGAUCACUUCAACAAACAGAGAUCUGGUCAGGAGGAGAGUCCCAAUCUACCCAAAGUUACUCAUUUCCACCUGGAUCCACUGUCUGAGGAGCCAGUAGACAGAGAUGCCGCGGACCAGCCGGGUACCACAGGAGCGAUGAUGAGAGGUGAAGAAGGGUUUUGUUCACCCUUUCCGGAAGAAGCGGAGACCUUUCCCGAGGAUGAAGAGACACAGCAGGAGUAACACACUGAUCAUUUUUGAUCGUGGCUUUAUCAGUUCCUGAGUAGCAAUCACAUUCCUCCUUAGCAUCAUCUUUUUUUGUUGUUGUUGUUGUUGUUGUAUUUUAUACAUCUGUAAAACACAUCUGUGUAGGUAAGUACAUCCGAACUAUCCUGUCUAUAGAAGAGGAGGUGCUUUUCUACCGAAGAACCAACUUUCUUUUAUGUUUCUGUAUCUACACCGACGUGGCCUUUUACACAGAAGUAGAGAUUGUACAGAAAUGCAGAGGCUGUAAAAAAGAAAAUUGCAGAGCCAGACACGUGUCAGGGUUUAUUGAGAAGCAGAAAAAGUGCUUCAGUGUCUAAAAGUGUUAUUGAAUUAGUAAUUAAUUCCAACGCUAGCUCAGCUGAUGAAGAACUUCUGCCUGAAACAUCCUACUGCUUAUUAAACUCUCUAUAUACAUCAGCAAUUUUAUUCAAAAUCUGAUCUUUUUUUUUUUUUUUACUUUUUUUUUUUUAUUGUACUCAGCUCAAACUUUUGGGUUUUGGUCAUAAUUUCAGCUAUUAUGAUGGAACUAAACAAAUAUUUUGUAUUAAUUUUAACAGUAAAUGGUCAUCCAAUCUAGUAUAUAAGGCUAAUUUUACAAUAUUAUACUGGACACCGUUUAAUAUCCUUACUAACAGUUUUGGUUUUAAUUUUCCAGUGAAACAGAACAUUUUGGACAAAAGUACAUCAUUAGAUGUUCAAGCCCAACGUUUUUGGAGGUGAACUCAGCUAAUCAAAUAUUUAUUAUAAAAAGCAUGAUAUUUGUAACAUGGAGGUUUAAAGUUCUAAGACUGUACAAAGGGUGUUCAAGUCAAACUGGGACUUUUGUUUCUACAAAAAUAGAGAGUAAAAUCUACAGUUAUUUUUCUAUAAUAUACCGCGCUACACUACUGCACUUAUCCCAGUCUUUCUACCAUCGAGGUCUAAAGUUUUGCCUGAUUAGACUGUCUGCUUCACGUCUGGAACCCCGGCCUUCCUGGGACUCCUUUAAUGACCCAAACGUGUAAAGAUGGCUUGGAGUGUGUUCAGGACUGCAAGCAAAGUUCAUGUAAUGUUCAAGUGGUGUUGGUGAACGGUUGUGUGUACAGUUCAUACAGACAGAUGCGUCUCUUCCCCAAGUUGGUGACGAGUUAGCUGUCGUUUUUCUAAAAUUAAGUUAGCUGAAUGUUCACAGGAACGACUGCAGCGGGCUUCGAGCCACCUCGGCUGGGAUCGUCAUUCAGGACGUACAGCCUUCUUUAAAAAGUUUGCACCAUUUAAAUGCUAAGAGUCUUUAUUCAAGAGAAAUUUCAUUAUUAAGUCCCGGUUUAACGUGAACACCCCUUUAUCACUAAUAAUGGCACCAGCAAACAUUUGUUACUCAUGAUAUUAAUGAUGCCCUCAAUCUACUGUACCCUCUCGUGUUACACCAUGUUAAUAUCUAACAUUGAGUGAUCCAUUAU